GCCACAUAAAUUGUUUACUAACUUCACAAAAUUAUUACUAUUUUAAAUAAGAAAAUUAUAAAAAUAAAAGAAAUUAUUAUUCCAAAAAAUUCACAUUCACAUUUUAAAAAUGGGAAGUAGCAUGUUUAUAAAUGAACAUUGUUCCAUAGAAGAAAUUUGUCGAACAUGUACAAUGCAUUAUGAUAGUUGUUCAAUGAUUCCAAUUUUUAAGAAUAAUUCAAAGGUUGAAAUUAAAGCCCAUCAAAUCAUGAAAUUUUUUUUUGACCUUCUUCAAUUAGAGCUUACAGAAAACGAUUCCUUGCCUCAAAAUAUUUGCGAACAAUGUUAUUCAAAAUUCGUAAAUUUCAAAAUAUUUUUAGACGAAUGUAUUGAGGCACAUAAUACCUUAAUAGCAGCUGUGGAAAAGUCGAAAUCAAUCGCAGAAACUCUUAUUCAGGAAAAAAGUAAAAAUUCGGAAAAUGAAAUAUAUGCUUUGGAAAAAGAAAAUGAUCGGGAAAUCGAAUUUUUAGAAGAGACUUUAGAUAACCAUCAGGUUUCUACUUGCAAUACUGAUUCAAUAAAACACAUGAAACAGGGAAGUGAAAUUGCAUGCGUAGUAAAAGAUCAUAAUUAUCAAGAUAUUGGUUUGGACAUAAUAGAAGAGGACAGUAAUGUUGAAAUGCUUGUCGAAUAUGAAAACUAUAAUGACAUGAGAACUGACUACAUAUCGGAAUCUGAACUGCAUGUUGUGGAUAAUGAAAAUGUAGCAUUACUGGAUUGUUCUUAUUGCAAUUUCGCAUUUCCCGAAGAGUAUUUCGCACAGCACAUGAAUGAUUAUCAUCCUACCGAAAGUCCGUUUUUAUGUACAAAAUGCUUUAGAAAUUUUAGGACACAGAGUAUACGUGAUAAACAUGUUCUUUUAAAUAUGUGCCAAAUAAACGAAAUAAAGUUACAAGAUUUUCAAAAUAUUGCAGUAGAAAUUUUUGUAGCCGAUGACGAUGAUUACGACCCUAAGGUUUUUAAUGAAACUGAAUGCUUGGAACAGACUGAAAUUCAAAAUGAAACAUUAUACGAAAAAAAUGACUUAUUAUUUUCAAAUGAGACAGAUGCAAUUUGUAUUGAAAAUGCAAAAGACAGUGAAAGCAAUUCUAAAAAAGACUUGUCUCUAAGAUGUCCUGUUUGUGAGGAACAAUUUACAAAAUCUAAAUUUUUUUCCGAUCAUCUGAAGCGUUCACAUCCAGACUUUGACAGGAAAGCAAUACGAUCAAAAUAUUCAUGCGAAGUUUGCGAUAAGGACUGUAAAUCAAAACAAUCUUUAGAAUCCCAUUUAAAUAGUCAUAAAGGAAUUAAACCAUAUGCAUGUGAGAUUUGUAAAACAAGUUUUUUUGGAUCAAAAGCUUUACGGACACAUAUUAGCAAUGAACACAGUUCUUUGCAGUUUAAUUGUGAAAUAUGUGGAAAAGAUUUCAAUAAAAAAAGUAUUUUUUUAUCGCAUAUGUCAAAUCAUAAAAAAGACAAUGAUCCUAAUCGUAAGCCCGAUAUUAAAUAUAAAUGCCAAUUUUGUCCCAGAACAUUCAAUACAGUUUCCACAUUAACUAUACACUCCUUAACACAUAAAAAAUUGCUAGAUAGUAAACAUAUAUGCAAUGUGUGUGGAGUUACUUUUAAAAGGGCUGAUCACUUAAAAAUGCAUAUGUAUGGAGUUCAUUUAGAUCAUAAACCAUUUCCGUGCGAGCAAUGUGAAAAAAGCUUUCCUACGGCUUGGCAAAGAAAUACACACGUUAAAAAAUAUCACAGUGCAGAGAAAAAAAAGUAUAAAUGUCAGGUAUGUCCAAACGAAUAUGCUUCAUCAAAUGCUUUAAAAAGACACAAUAUGAUACAUACUGGGGAACUUAAAUAUAACUGUGAUAUUUGUGAACUAAAGUUUCCAAAAAUAUUCCUCUUGGAAGAACAUUUAAAAACUCAUGAAAUUGAUGAAAAUUUAAGGCAAGAAUCUAUUAAUGAAGUAUACAUGGAAAUAGCAAAAAGUGUCAUUAUACCAAAUUAGAAAAAUUUUGGAAUCAUAAAAAUAACGAAAUUUUUGUACCAUUUGUAAAGAAAACAAUUGUAUAAAUCAAUUUGAAUUAAAUUGUUCAGAAAAGUGUAAAUAAAG